UACAUUUUUUGUUGACCAAAUUCGACACUUAUUGACCUCCAUACAAAAACUCCUUGCUUGGUGAGCGAAAGAAACGAAACAACGUCACCUGCUUGUAGAAGACAGAUUUUUGGCCGAGUUGGGCCUCUCGCUUCGCCUCUUCCUCUCUGGUUAAGGGUUACUCCUCCCAGGUCACAUCCCCAACCCUUUUGCCUAUCGCUCUGCUCGGAAGUUACGGGUCGGACCAGUCGGCGGCUACCACCCACCUUUGUUCCUCCAAAAAUAAUACAUUUUGACUUUCCAUAAUAAUCGAACGUGACAACCGCGAUCAGUUGGAUAACUGCCGAGCAUAAAGAGGGGUUCUGUUGGUCCGAACAGAGACAGCAUGGGGAAAAUAGAAUGGGCUAUGUGGGCCAAUGAACAGGCUCUGGCGGCGGGUCUCAUUCUUCUUACUGGUGGCAUAGUGGGGGUGGCCGGCCAGUUCAGGGACUGGGAGUUUGCUGCUUAUGCUAUAGCUGCAGGGGUCUUUGUCUGUCUACUAGAGUACCCAAGGGGCAAGAGGAACAAGGGCACCAGCGUAGAAAGGACGGGUCAGUACUGCUUCACUGUCUGUGUGAAGUCAUUCGGCCCACUGACCAGGAACUACUAUGUCAGAGCGUUUCUACAUGCAGCGAUCUGCGUUCCUGGUGGUUUCAUCCUUGCAACUGUCCUUGGCUGUGUCUGCCUCGGCAUAGCUAGCCUCAUCUACCUUGCGGCGGCCAUCCGAGGGGAGCAGUGGGAGCCCAUCAUGCCCAGGAUGGAGAGUGCCCGUAAGCCGGUGGCAGAGAGCAUCAAGCUCCCUCCCCAGAACCCUCCACCACGCCCACCCGCUGAGAUGCGCAGGAAACGGGCAGAGGACCUGGAGGCGGCUGCCUAUGUCAACCCCAUCGCUGUCACUGCCAACGAUGACUAGAUCCCUUUACUGUCCUUCCCUCAGGCCUGCUGGGCUAAGCUCACUCAGGUUAGCUUAUAGUUCCACUGAGCCCCAACCAAAACAGAUAUACAGUGGGGCCCCACCCAGGCCAUGCUCACUCCUGACUGCCAUUGGCUGAGGGCCGAAUCCUAAAUUGAGAUAGAUAUGUUUGCAUAACUUAGACUUUUGUGUAAAUUGGGCAUUGGCAUCAAUGGGGAUUUUUUAUGGACAGGUAUCAAGUUAGGAAUCAGGCCUCGGAGAGUAGAGGGAUGUGGAGAGGACACACUGCUGCUGAUGUUUGAUGAUGUAUAAGGGAUUGUAUUGAAGUGAGAUGUUGCUGUGCCUUGUGGAUCUUUAGUUACUGCUUUUACAAAAGGUUUGUGUCCUAUGUCUCUGCACCGCCUGCCACAACUCUUUCAGUUACAAUCAUUUUGAUCCCCUAAAAAGGCUUUGGAAUGUAAAUGGCAAAGUUUGUAUUCUUGUUGUGACAGUAAGUUAUUUUGUGAGUAAUUGGAUGAAUAGAUGUGAAUGAGAAUCAACCACAUUUACUGGCACAGACCUAAUGAAAUUAUUUUAAAAGAGAAUGAAGAGCUAUUUAUACAUUUUGUAUCCUCAGAAUAUACUGUGUUCUUUUACACUGGAAUGUUAACUGUUUAUAAGCAAGCACUGUUUUGCAUUAUCUCUUUCUCUUUUUGGCCAGUUUACUAUGUCAGUGGCCAACUAGCUGUAUGUUGGAAAGUUAUGUGUUCACCACUCUACAAAAUAAAGUAUGUCUAUGUUU